AUGUCUCGCGGUGGCACGACCUUGUACGUGACUGGCUUCGGCCAUGGCACGCGUGCUCGUGACCUUGCCUACGAGUUCGAACGGUACGGCAGACUUGUCCGUUGCGACAUUCCAGCUCCUCGCUCGGCUUCUAGCAGACUCUUUGCCUUUGUGGAGUAUGAAAGCCGCCGUGACGCGGAUGAUGCUUACCACGAGAUGCACAACAAGCGCAUUGGUCGUGAUGAUCUCUUGAAGAUCGAAUGGGCGCGCACGCCUCCAUCUGCAUCCUGGCGUUUCGAUUCUGGCCGUGACCGCAACGGCGAUCGCACUGGUGAUCGCAACGGUCCUCGCCGCGACCGUUCUCCUCGUGGCGACCGUGGCGACCGUGGUAGCCGCAGGAGCACCUCCCCUCGUCGCCGUGGUGGUGAUUACUCUCCCCGCAAGGACGAUCGUCGCGAGCGCGACUACGAUCGCCGCGACCGUGAUCGUUCCCGAAGCCCCGAUGACCGUGACCGCGACAUGAAGGACCGCGACCGCGAGGAGGAGCGUGACCGUGACCGCGAGCGUGAGCGCGACCGCGAUCGGGAGCGUGACCGUGAGAACGGUGCAGCUGGUGAGGAUCUCGAAAAGGCCGAGUCUCCCGCCCCUGGUCCUCAUGACGAUCUCGAUACCGCCGAGUAA